AUAUGUUUCCACCUCCUCUGUCUUUAUCUCUCUCUGUUUCUGCAGUAUCUUGGCUCCCAGAACCCCCUGGCCACCGAAUUACGCUGGUGAGCCUUCUUUUUCUUUGUUGGGCUUACCGGCUUGUGUGCUUCCAUCAUUUGUUUUGGUAGAGACGAGGUUUGAGGUGUCUCCCUCGUUAGGGUUCCGGGCUCCGACUUCUCCUUCUCCUUAGUGGUUGUCUUUUUCAGAAACUCCUGCUGGUGAUCGGGAAUUUCUCUUUUGGGGGAUUGGGCUUUCCUGUCUUAUUUAGGCGCAGUUAUUCACAUUUGGUUUCCGUUAGAAGGCGCGAAGAUGGUCGGGAGCGCGUCGGCGGUAGGCAUGGAAGAGGCUUCCAUUCAAUUGAACCAUUUGCAGGUGGACCAACAUCCUGAAACGGCCGACAAUGGCGCGAGUGCAGCUACCAAGAAGAAGAAAAAGAAAAAGUCUGUAGCUCCAGUGGUGGGUACAGUGAAUAUUGAGCCCAAAGAAAGGGAUCAAGAAGUUGUCGCCACUUCGAUAUCCUUGCAAGAUGAUGAAGAAGAGGUCCAAGGUGAUGGUGCAGAAACAACAAAAAAGAAGAAGAAAAAAAACAAAAGCAAGAAAAAGAAAGAACAACUUGAGCAGACUGAUCCACCAUCAGUUCCUGUGGUUGAUCUAUUUUCGUCUGGCGACUUCCCUGAGGGUGAAAUUCAGCAAUAUAAAGAUGAUAAUCUCUGGCGAACAACUUCUGAAGAAAAGAGGGAAGUUGAGCGCCUGGAGAAGCCCAUAUACAAUUCACUUCGACAAGCUGCUGAAGUUCAUCGACAGGUGCGGAAAUAUAUAAGGAGCAUUUUAAAGCCAGGGAUGUUAAUGAUUGACCUAUGUGAAACUCUAGAAAAUACAGUUCGUAAAUUGAUCUCAGAAAAUGGUCUCCAAGCAGGCAUCGCCUUUCCAACUGGAUGCUCAUUAAAUUGGGUUGCAGCUCAUUGGACUCCUAAUUCUGGUGAUAAGACCGUACUUCAGUAUGAUGAUGUCAUGAAGUUGGAUUUUGGUACACAUAUUGAUGGGCAUAUAGUAGAUUGUGCUUUCACUGUGGCGUUUAAUCCCAUGUUUAAUCCACUGCUAGAAGCAUCAAAGGAGGCUACAAAUACUGGCAUUAAAGAAGCUGGAAUAGAUGUACGCUUGUGUGAUGUUGGUGCUGCAAUCCAAGAGGUAAUGGAAUCAUAUGAAGUAGAGAUCAAUGGGAAAACCUAUCAAGUCAAGAGUAUACGGAACUUAAAUGGGCAUAGCAUAGGUAGCUAUCAAAUUCAUGCUGGAAAGUCUGUCCCAAUUGUGAAAGGAGGAGAACAGACUAAGAUGGAGGAGGGUGAAUUUUAUGCAAUUGAGACCUUUGGGUCAACAGGAAAAGGAUAUGUGAGAGAAGACCUAGAGUGCAGCCAUUACAUGAAGAAUUUUGAUGUUGGGCACAUACCUUUAAGGUUGCCCCGAGCAAAACAACUUCUUGGCACUAUCAACAAGCACUUUUCCACAUUGGCCUUCUGUAGGCGCUAUUUAGAUCGACUUGGGGAGACAAAGUACCUGAUGGCACUUAAGAACCUUUCUGAUGCUGGAAUAGUUCAGCCAUAUCCACCCUUGUGCGAUGUGAAAGGCAGCUAUGUAUCGCAGUUUGAGCACACUAUCCUACUUCGACCAACUUGCAAGGAGGUUGUAUCGAGAGGCGAUGAUUAUUAACAAGUUUUUAACUGUAUAUCCUAGAUAGAGCUUGGCGUUUAUUUUCGUAAAUCGUUUUUGUCAUACUGUAAGAGCAAGAAAACGACGGCCUAAUGUUGCCUACGUUUGUUUAAUGCUUUGAAGUUUGGUAUCAACGGACUUAUUAUUAUUUGGAAUCUCCUUAUAGAUCAGGAAGUUUCAAGGCCUUGUAUUUUA